AUGGAGCCUGGAGUUUCUACUGUAAAUCAUGAUGGUUGGCAGAACUGUGGAGGUUUAGUACAAGGCCCCAAUGGGACGAUAGAAAGCCCAGGAUUCCCUCAUGGUUACCCAAAUUAUGCCAACUGCACAUGGAUCAUAAUUACAGGCGAACGUAACAGGAUACAGUUAUCAUUCCAUACCUUUGCCCUCGAAGAAGAUUUUGAUAUUUUGUCCGUUUAUGAUGGGCAGCCGCAACAAGGGAACCUAAAAGUGAGGCUUUCUGGAUUUCAGUUGCCAUCAUCUCUUGUGAGCACAGGUUCUAUCCUGACGCUUUGUUUUACAACUGAUUUUGCUGUGAGUGCCCAAGGAUUCAAGGCUAUCUACGAAGUGCUACCCAGCCAUACCUGUGGCAACCCUGGGGAAAUACCUAAAGGCAUUCUUCAUGGCACAAGAUUCAAUAUUGGAGAUAAAAUUCGAUACAGUUGCAUUGCAGGCUAUAUCCUGGAAGGCCAUGCUGUGCUGACAUGUUUCAUGAGUCCUGGAAAUGGAGCAUCAUGGGAUUUCCCAGUGCCAUUUUGCAGAGCUGAAGGUGCUUGUGGAGGUACCCUCCGUGGGACCAGUGGAAUUAUUUCAAGUCCUCACUUUCCUUCAGAAUACAACAAUAAUGCAGACUGCACGUGGACCAUUCUUGCAGAGCCAGGAGACACCAUCGCUCUGGUUUUCACAGAUUUCCAACUGGAAGAAGGCUAUGAUUUUUUAGAGAUCAGUGGCACAGAAGCCCCAUCCAUAUGGUUGACUGGCAUGAAUCUACCUUCACCUGUUAUCAGCAGUAAAAACUGGUUACGGCUCCAUUUCACUUCUGACAGUAAUCACAGACGGAAAGGAUUUAAUGCUCAGUUCCAAGUGAGUCAAGGAGGAGAUGCCGUUGCCUCAGAUAUGUGUCCUGACCCAGGGAUUCCUGAAAAUGGGAAGCGAGCAGGCUUAGACUUUAGAGUUGGUGCUAAUGUGCAUUUUACUUGUGAUGAUAAUUAUGUGCUCCAAGGAACAAAAAGCAUUACUUGUCAAAAGGUGACAGAUACCUUAGCUGCUUGGAGUGACCAUAGGCCAAUUUGCCGUGCUAGAACGUGUGGUUCUAACCUCCGUGGUCCAAGUGGUAUUAUCACAUCACCCAAUUAUCCUGUUCAAUAUGAAGACAAUGCACAUUGUGUAUGGGUUAUAACAACCCUUGAUCCAGAAAAGGCUUUCUACCAUGUGUUUCCUCUGGGUCCUACUAAUGUAUCUGCUGAACAUAACCCUACUGAGUCUUAG